CCCCCGCAAAGCGCCUGGGCCCGGCCAGGCCCGCAGUCCCCGCAGGCGGCUUCAAGAUGCGCAGGUCUGUGAGCGUGGCAGCUUUGGUCCUCCUGGGAGCAGCCUUGUGCGCCGCGCAGCCCCGCGGGCGCAUCCUGGGCGGCAAGGUGGCCGAACCGCACGCGCGGCCCUACAUGGCGUCGGUGCAGGUGAACGGCACGCACGUGUGUGGCGGCGUCCUGCUGGCCGAGGAGUGGGUGCUGAGCGCCGCGCACUGCCUGGAGGACGCGGCCGGCGGGCAGGUGCAGGUGCUGCUGGGCGCGCACUCGCUCUCGCAGCCCGAGCUCUUCAAGCGCCUCUACGACGUGCGCCGCGUGGUGCCGCACCCGGACAGCCGCCCCGACACCCUGGACCACGACCUCCUCCUGCUGCAGCUCUCGGAGAAGGCCGCCCUGGGCCCUGCCGUGCGCAUCCUGCCCUGGCAGCGGGAAGACCGCGACGUGGCGCCCGGCACGCUCUGCGACGUGGCUGGCUGGGGCGUGGAUACGCACGCGGGCCGCAGGCCCGACCUCCUGAAACAGGUGCAGCUGCCGGUGCUGGACCGCGACACCUGCAACCUGCGCGCGCACCACGACGGCGCCAUCACCGGGCGCAUGAUGUGCGCGCAGAGCCACCGCCGGGACACCUGCAAGGGGGACUCCGGGGGUCCGCUAGUGUGCGGGGGCGUGGUCGAGGGCGUGGUCAGCUCCGGUGCACGCGUCUGCGGCAACCGCAAGAAGCCGGGCAUCUACACGCGCGUGGCGAGCUACGCGGGCUGGAUCGACAGCGUCCUGGCCGGGGGCGCGGCGUCCUGAGCGGGCCUCGGGUCGGCUGGCGAGCCCGCCGAGCAAUAAAAGCGAUCAUCCCUGCA